AUGCCCCACCAUCCAAGCGAAGAAGAAGCCGAGUCGAACAUCUUCGAUAAGGUCGCCCAACAGAGCAAAGAUACCUCCGGUGCCUCUGACCACCCUAUCCACAAAUCUGAGGAUCAGCCGGGCGAGGAAAGCAAGGACAAAGAGGCCCAUCAGGAGACUAUCCAGAUCCAUUCCAGCAAGGGCCCGCAGAUCUCCGACGAGAUGCCGGAGAAAGCGUCCAAGGAGGAGUUGAGGGCUAGAGCGGCGGAGUUGAACAAGUGA